CCAAAUGCUUACUAGGUUAGGCUAGAUAUCCCUCUUAUAUAUAUGCUUAAUUGCUUACUAGCAUAUACUUCGUAUAUAAGAGGGUGAAACUUGGCCAGAUAGCUUAACAUUAUGUUUGGUUCAAGCAUUUUUCCCACGUACCUUAAACCCCCAAUUUCCGUCUGCUUCCUCUCCCGCAAUUAUAACGCAAUCCCUUCAUCAGCGGCGUCUGCGUCUUCUCCAACAAGCAGGAACAGAGGCGCGACAAAGGGUCUUUCACGCUUCAUCCAAAGCUGCCCGCGUGAGCUCAAGUUCACCUCUUUACCUUUAGGCCUCUUACGGACAUCUUACUCUGUCAUGGCUGGUGACUCUGGGACUGGCAUUUCUAAUGGCAAUGUCAACGUGCAGUCUGAUCCUCAGAGGACCUACCAGAUUGUAGUUGCUGCCACUCGCAAUUGGGGUAUUGGCAAGGAUGGAAAGUUACCUUGGAAACUGCCAUCUGAUUUGAAGUUCUUCAAAGAGGUUACCGUAACAACAGCUGACCCUAGUAAAAAGAACGCUGUUGUCAUGGGCAGAAAGACUUGGGAAAGUAUUCCUGUGGAUCACCGCCCUCUCCGUGGCCGCCUGAAUGUUGUCCUUACUCGCUCUGGUAGUUUUGACAUUGCCACUUCAGAGAACGUUGUGAUUUGCAGCAGUUUAGGAUCUGCUUUGCAACUGUUGGCAUCUUCUCCUUAUUAUCUAUCGAUUGAGAAAGUCUUUGUCAUUGGUGGUGGUGAGAUUUUCCGGGAGGCUCUUAAUGCCGAUAAAUGUGAGGCUGUUCAUAUUACUGAGGUUGAGGCAGACAUUGACUGUGAUACUUUCAUGCCGGCUAUUGAUAUGACUGCAUUUCAGCCCUGGUGCACAUCAUUCCCUUUGGAAGAAAACAAGAUUCGAUUUUCUUUUACCACUUAUGUUCGUGUGAGGAGUCCUGAAGUAGACUCCCUUACUUCGAACAACGUUCUCAAUCUUGAUAACGGGUCAGAUGUUGCAAAGUCUGAGGUGAAAGCAUUCUCUUUCUUGCCUAAGAUGAUUUUUGAGAAACAUGAAGAGUACUUAUAUCUGAGGCUGGUUGAGGACAUCAUAAACAAUGGUGUCUCUAAGGAUGACAGGACUGGAACUGGUACACUGUCAAAGUUUGGUUGCCAGAUGCGGUUCAAUCUACGGAAAUCCUUUCCACUUCUUACAACAAAGAAAGUAUUUUGGCGAGGUGUUGUUGAAGAACUCCUGUGGUUCAUAAGUGGUUCUACAAAUGCAAAAGUCUUACAAGAGAAGGGCAUUCAUAUAUGGGAUGGAAAUGCAUCAAGAGACUACCUUGAUAGUAUUGGUUUAGAGGACAGAGAAGAGGGUGACUUAGGACCAAUAUAUGGAUUCCAGUGGAGACACUUUGGUGCCACGUAUACAAACAUGCAUGCUGACUACACUGGCCAAGGAUUUGAUCAACUUCUGGAUGUUAUCAACAAGAUUAAAUACAAUCCAAAUGAUAGGCAUAUUGUUCUUUUUGCUUGGAACCCUUCUGAUCUCAAAUUGAUGGCACUUCCUCCUUGCCACAUGUUUGCUCAAUUUUAUGUGGCCAAUGGUGAGUUAUCAUGUCAAAUGUACCAACGUUCUGCUGAUAUGGGUCUUGGAGUGCCAUUUAACAUUGCUUCUUACUCCCUUUUGACCUGCAUGAUUGCCCAUGUUUCCGGCCUUUCUCCUGGUGAACUUGUCCAUGUCAUUGGAGAUGCUCAUGUUUACAAAACUCAUGUCAGACCUCUACAGGAUCAGCUUCAGAAGUUACCUAGGCCUUUCCCAAUACUGAAGAUCAAUCCUGAGAAGCAGGACAUAGAGUCCUUCAACGCUGAUGACUUUAAGCUGAUUGGCUAUGACCCUCACCAGAAAAUAGAAAUGAAGAUGGCCAUUUAAAAUAGUUCCCGGUUCUAUUUGGGGUGAAUAAACAUGAGAUUCUCCCCCACAUGGUUUUAUACAUUCUGACAGGUUUUUACGGACCUCUCCCUGUUUUAUCUUCAUUUUUUUCUGUCCCUGUUCUACCGUUCCU